UACCACUUCACGCAUGGUUUGCCAGAGAGAAGUGUGCGGAGAUUAGCAGUAGUUAGAUUUAGCAAGACGAAAAAUAAACAUAUUGGCGGCAACCUGGUAAUCCACAUUAAGGUGCGUAGAAGCAAUGAACCGUACAAGUAUGCCGUUUCUGAAAUAGUAAAAGCAAUUUUUCCAAAAGAUAUGAAUUUGAAAGAGUUUUCAUCUUGGCACCAUCAAAAUCGAGUUAUAAAUAUAGAUAGAAAAGAUAAGCGCUCUUACUAUUUCUAGAGAACAAGCCAGUCGCCUGAAAUAGCUAAUGUUAAUUAUAUGAUCUAAACGCAAGUACAACAAGUACAAUUUCAUCGAUAUGAAUAUUUGAUAUGAAAAUUUUUUAUGCUAUACAUGCAAUAGAAAUAUGUUAUCAAAUUCAGAUUUUAAAGAAUAAUGUAUUAACUAGAUAAAUAAAAAUAAUUCAUUUGUGAAAUGUGAAUCAGAUCGUUUCUCAGAAACAACGCUUCAUUAUACUUAUGGAAAAGAAAUCUCGCAUGUAGAUUAGUAAAAAAAAAAAAAAAAAAAAAAAAGCCAAAGAUUUUUUUGAAAGCAGGAUUUAAAGAGUCAUUUACUAACACAAGUGAAAGUGAAGUCUUAUCUUUCUUAUACUUGCAGUGAGUCAUUUACUAAUCAAAGCAAUUUAAGGUGAGAUUUUUUCUAGCUCAUGAAAGAAAUGUGCAGUGAAUCGUAUUCUCAGCCUGCAAGUUUAAAGACACAUUUACUGACGCAUACGAAAGAUAAACCGUAUGUUUGUGACGUGUGUAAUAAAGCAUUUCCUUUGCUGCUAAAUCUGAAAAGACAUUUAGUGACCCAUACAAAAGAAAAACCGUAUGUCUGUGAUGUGUGUGAUAAUGCUUUUUCUAGGAAGGAUAAUUUGAAAAUACAUUCACUGACCCAUACAAAAGAUUAUCCGUAUGUUUGUGACGUGUGUAAUAAAGCAUUUCCUGUGCUGAUAUAUCUGAAAAGACAUUUAGUGACUCAUACAAAAGAAAAACCGUAUGUCUGUGAUGUGUGUGAUAAGGCUUUUUCUAGGAAGGAUAAUUUGAAACAACAUUUACUGACCCAUACAAAAGAGAAACCGUAUGUUUGUAAUGUGUGCAACAAAGCUUUUUCCCGCAAUGGAGAUUUCAAAGAUCAUUUACUGACCCAUACAAAAGAGAAACCGCAUGUUUGUGAAGUAUGCAACAAAGAUUUUUCUCGCAAGGGAAAUUUAAAGCAGCAUUUACUGUCCCAUUUAAAAGAGAAACCGUAUGUGUGUGAUGUGUGUAAUAAAUCAUUUCCUGCGCUGACAAAUUUGAAGAGACAUUUACAGACCCAUACAGGAGAGAAACCGUAUGUUUGCAAUAUGUGUAAUAAAGCAUUUUCGCUGAAGGGAAAUUUAAAACAACAUUUACUGACCCAUACAAAAGAAAAACCGUAUGUCUGUGAUGUGUGUAAUAAAGCGUUUUCUUACGGAAACAAUUUGAAGAGACAUUUACUGACCCAUACAAACGAGAAAGCACAUGUUUGCAAUAUGUGUAAUAAAGCGUUUUCUCAGAAGUGUAAUUUGAAAGUACAUUUACUGUCCCAUACAAAAGAGAAACCGUAUGUUUGUGAUGUAUGUAAUCGAGGAUUUUCUACAGCAAAAUAUUUAAAGUCACAUUUAAAGAUGCAUUCGAAAGAAAAACCGUAUGUUUGUGAUGUGUGUAAUAAAGCGUUUUCUUUACAGACUUGUUUGAAAACUCAUUUACUUACCCAUACAAAAGAGAAAGCACAUUUUUGCAAUAUGUGUAAUAAAACUUUUUCUCAGAAGGGUCAUUUGAAAAUACAUUUACUGACCCAUACAAAAGUGAAACCGUAUGUUUGUGAUGUGUGCAACCAAGCUUUUUCUCAGAAGGGAAAUUUAAAACAGCACUUACUGAUCCAUACAAAAGAGAAACCUUAUGUCUGUGAUGUGUGUAAUAAAGCAUUUCGUUUGCUGAUAAAUUUGAAAAGACAUUUUGUGACCCACACAAAAGAGAAAGCUCAUGCUUGCAAUAUGUGUAAUAAAGCGUUUUCUCAGAAGUGUAAUUUGAAAAUACAUUUACUGACCCAUACAAAAGAGAAACCGUAUGUUUGUGAAGUGUGCAACAAAGCUUUUACUCAGAAGGGAAACUUAAAACAGCAUUUACUGUUCCAUACAAAAGAGAAACCAUAUGUCUGUGAUGUGUGUAAUAAAGCAUUUCGUGUAUUGAUAAAUUUGAAGAGACAUUUACAGACCCAUACAGGAGAGAAACCGUAUGUUUGCAAUAUGUGUAAUAAAGCAUUUUCGCUGAAGGGAAAUUUAAAACAACAUUUGCUGACUCAUACAAAAGAAAAACCGUAUGUCUGUGAUGUGUGUAAUAAAUCGUUUUCUUACCGAAACAAUUUGAAAACUCAUUUACUUACCCAUACAAAAGAGAAAGCACAUGUUUGCAAUAUGUGUAAUAAAGUGUUUUCUCAGAAGUGUAAUUUGAAAAUACAUUUACUGACCAAUGCAAAAGAGAAACCGUAUGUUUGUGAUGUGUGCUACAAAGCUUUUUCUCAGAAGGGAAAUUUAAAACAGCAUUUACUGAUCCAUACAAAAGAGAAACCGUAUGUCUGUGAUGUGUGUAAUAAAGCAUUUCGUUUGCUGAUAAAUUUGAAAAGACAUUUUGUGACCCAUACAGGAGAGAAACCGUAUGUUUGCAAUAUGUGUAAUAAAGCAUUUUCGUGGAAGGGCAAUUUAAAACUACAUUUUUUGACCCAUACAAAAGAAAAGCCGUAUGUCUGUGAUCUGUGUAAUAAAGCGUUUUCUUUAAAGGGUAAUUUGAAAAUACAUUUACUCACCCAUACAAAAGAGAAACCGUAAGUUUGUGAUGUAUGCAACACAGCUUUUUCUCGCAAGGGAAAUUUAAGGCAUCAUUUACGGUCCUAUAUAAAAUAGAAACUAUGUCUGUGAUGUGUGUAAUAAAGCAUUUCCUUUACUGAUAAAUUUGAACAGACAUUCACAGACCAAUACAGAAGAGAAACCGUAUGUUUGCAAUAUGUGUAAUAAAGCAUUUUCGAUGAAUGGAAAUUUAAAACAACAUUUACUGACCCAUACAAAAGAAAAACCAUGUGUGUAAUAAAGUAUUUUCUUGACGAAACACUUUUAGGAAACAUUUAUUGAUGCAUGAGAAAAAAUCUGUGUGUAGUAUCUUCAGUAACGCGUUUUCUCUAAUGAGAAUUUUAAAAACAUACACGAAGAAGAACCCAUGUUUGUGUAUAUGAAAUAAAGCGUUUUGUCAUCAAAGCAUUUUAAGCAAACAGUUAAAGAAAGACCGUGUAUCUGUGACCUGUGUUAUAAAGCCUUUUCUCAACUGGGAAAUUCGAAAAGACAUUUACUGGAGCAUACGAAAGAGAAAUUGUAAGCCAGCGGGAUGUUCUAUAUUUUUUAAAAUGUAAAACAUCUGAUAUGAUAAAUUUUUUUAAAAGAAAAAUUUGUUGACCUAUCUGUAAUAUAAAUGAUGACUUUUUUUUUUUUUUCGUACACUUUUUCCCCCGAAGUCUUAUUUAAUUAUGCUUUUACUGACGUAUACAAAUGCAUCGAA